AGGUUCGUCGUCCUGUCGUGUACCUGCUCGCGACGGAACAAAGUCCAUGCGUGUGGCCGCUUCAAGAUCGUGUCUGCCAAGGUCGAGCCACCCAAGAUGGAACACCGAGUCAAGCGGUCAAACCGCCCGAGGUCGAAAGCUGGGACCGCUUGCGUUUCAGCUCCGUCAGGCCGCCCGAUUCCUUCAGCACAGCAAUCGAAUUUGGUCCGUGAAAUAUUUUGGAAGACUCAGUUGUGCCCGAAACUCCAUUCAACAGGAGUCUGCCCGCGGAAAGACCAUUGUAGCUUUGCUCACUCACAAGAAGAGCUCCGAACACCACCUGAUCUGCGCUGCACAAAGUGGUGUCGUCGUGUCUUUCGCGGUCAAAUCUGCGAGGAUCCCGGAUGUCCGUACGCCCACAGCAAGGAGGACCUCCGGUGUAAUGGCCAUCAGCUCCUCACGUUCAAAACGGCCAUGUGCAAAUUCCACGCAAAAGGUGUCUGCCUCAGCGGUGCAUCGUGCCGAUUCGCACACACAGCAGAGGAGCUUCGGGGUGGUCCUGAUGAGGCAAGCACCCACAGCGAAGACCGCCUUCAAGACACCAGCCGCGGCAGCAUUAGUACGAGCAGCGAGGCGUCAGGACACGAUUGCCGCGAAUCAGCAGCGGCACACGUGGUGACCUCUGCGAUACAAGCGCUGCAGUCUUUGAACAAGACAAACAGAAAAAGCCCCAGGGAAGCGAAUUCAGAGUGGCAAGACGAAAAGGGGCAUUCUUCGGUCGGACUUGCGUCUUGGAAAAAAGGGGAACCGGAGGACGAGCCUUUGCCCAGUCAGUCUCACAACAUCGCGAGCGAAAAAUUCCACAGAGGCACGCAUCUGAAGCCGCGUGUGGGAGUUGGGAUUCACCAUCACGGGCAUUCACAGCCUCCUGCAGGUGGCCAUGCCGGUUUGGCCACUGAAAGAGAGAAACCGACAGUCUGCGUGGUUGAGAUACACGGUCGAGGGCCAUGUGAACCUGGCGCUUUUCAUGUGACAAACACAGCUCUGAGGAAAGUCCCUCUGAAUGUGGAAAGUGACACGUCGCGAUCGUCGAGUCUGCAUCAGCUUCGACCCCAGGAGCCGAAGAUGAGAGCCAGUGCUUGGAAAGAGACUAAGACAAGGGAGGGCCAAUCACGAAGAUGUGGCUCUGUGUGCGGCCAGCAAAACGAGAAGCAAACGACCGUGCCCAAGGCCGGACUCCUGACAUACAAAGUGACCUUGAGUCGAGGAAGGGAAAUCCUUCCGCUUUCUGGACUGGAUGCGACGCCCGUACAUAUUGUAGUAGGGCCUCGAGAGGAGAGCGCCCUCGUGUCUGACGAGUCGCUUAGGGCAGCGGAUGGCGUGUCUGCGUCUCAUCCGGAAAAAAGUUUCGCAAAGGAGACGGCGUCGCGGUCAAGCAGUAGCGACUCUCGGCAGAGCCUGAAUUCCAGCUCUCUGAAUCCUGGGGCAGCGCCCUUCAUUCCCACUCUUCUCCUGGGGUCUUCUACGCAGCACGGCACCCAGUUUGGAGCUUCGUCACCGCUGGCGGGUGUCGGAAACCUGGAAGCAGCCUCCUCGCUGUCCUCCGAUACACCGUCACUGUCUGCUCGUGAAAAGUUUCUGACUCAUGGAGCGAAUGCUCCGCAUUCUUCACGAGGCAGUUCCGUGGGAGGCACUGGUGGUAUUGACUUGGCAAAGUUCCUCCAAGACUCCAUGGCUGCUCCUUUGGUGUCUUCCCAGGGGCAAUACCGCGACGAGUGGUUGCUUCGCGAAUUCAGGAACGAAGCUUCCGCAACUGGGACCACCAGUGCGAAAGUGUCAUGCAACGGUAUCAGCCACCGUGGCACGUCCGGCGCCGGGAUGAACAACACACUGUUUCCAGGUUUGCCGACAGCGGUGGCCGGAGUCAGGGGGGAGAAUCAGGGUGCCGCGGCUUUGGCGGCCCUGGUGGCAGUGUCUCGACUUCUCUCCCCACCUGGCAACGUGCCGCCAGUGAGUGGCCCUUCUACUACCCAGAAAAGUCCAGUUGCUUUCUUCACUUCUAGCCACUCUGGAGCUCCAGGAGAUAUUCCAGACCAAUCUCGCAGAGUCCCAGGUCUUGCACAAGAGACGAACAGUUCCAAUUCAAAUGCGUGGACCACCUUGGUGGCGGCCCUCCUGGCGAUGGCGCCCCAUGUGGGGAAGGGUGGAGCACCCCCUGCGGCUCAGACUUCCGUGGCGUAUCCCUCCGUUCCAUCUCAAACCCCAGAACCCUCGAGUGUCUUUCUGCAAACACGGUGGGUGGGCAGCUGCGGUCAUCCGUGUGCACCCAACCCGACACGGCCCGUGAGGAAUUUGGCUGGUUCUGGCAGUCGCUACGUGCCUCCUGAACCUUUCUCUCAGCAGAUGCAAUAUUGCUCAUCUCCAGAGGAAGCGUCACGAAACCUUCCUCACCGUGGAGUCCCUUUUCUCCCCGGGGGCCUCUCGAGCGUGGGGCAGCCCUCUCGACCUCCUGCGGUUCGGCCGUUGCCGUCUGGUUUCGAGGCUUCAGCCGCCUUGUCAGCGUGUCUGUCCGCUGUUCCUGUUCCGCCUGCGCCUCAUCCUAUCCAGCCCUAUGGACAGCUCAAAAAGUUUCUAGGAAUAUCUCCCGUGAAUUGCCACAACGGGCCGCCGCUGCGCCCGCACCCUUCCUCUUCGUUUCCGGAUCCGCUGGCGUUCGCGAACCGCCACGGGAGUCUGUCGCGUCAUCAAGAGGCCCUUUUCCCUGCAGCUGUCGACUCGCAGAGCUACGACGGUGCGUGUCUUCGUGGGAGGACCGACGCAGGCUGGUGCGAUGCCUUUAGUGCAUCGUCCUUUUCCGAGGCCUUGCGAGCCGCGUCUCCCUCGCGACAAACAGAGCACGUGAAGGGGCCGAGUGCACCAUUGGUGCGGCCCACUGGAGACAGUGAGGGAAAUGGACUAGCAGUGGCGCAGCGAGGCCAGAACGCGAAUCACGCAGUCACAGCUAGUGCGUUCAUCGACGUGCCUACCUCUGCGGUCUUCUUGAACGAUUCGCAACGGACAGCAAACCAGAGAGAGGCUCAAGCAUACCACGGGAGGAUGACACUCUCCACAGACGAUGGGUUGGGUAAAGAAGAUCUCGACGUGCCCUCGCCUUUUCUAACUGUCACCACAGAACCCGGGGCUUCACUCGGGAGUCGUGGAAGCUUUGCGGCGCACGAAGAUUUGUUGAGCAGCGUGAGUGGAGUUGACUUGGAGGCCGACGCCAGCAAAGGUGUGCUCCUCUUUGGAGACGAGAGAGAGGCGAACUCGGAAAUCUGGGCCAAUUUAUGAAGACGCGGUUGUCGCGCGGCUUGCAAGCGCGUCGAGCAGGGAAAACGAGAGACUGAGCAGGGCCGUUGUCUCGGCGCUACUCGAUAGUUUAUCCUAUCUUUUUCCAGGCAUUCCAAUGGAAGAACUAUCUGGUGCAUUUCCAACUGUUUCUUCGAUCAGCCAAAAGUAGUCCUGUCUCGGUACGAGACGAUUUGAAGAAACCGAGGCUGUAGACGCCACGGCGACUGCACCGUUAAACAGCAGCUUCGCCUGGAAGUGAAGGCGUCUUGGAAUCUGGCGAACUGAGGGGCGUAGGAAACAAGCCGAGCCUUUGUGAGUUGAUGAACGGGUCUGUUUUGUUUUGGGAUCUUGGCCGCGAUGUCUCCCAUAUGCUGAAUCGGAAGAAAGCAUGUCGCUGGCGAAGAGUGGACAGAAAAUUGGAAGGUGAAAGGGGCAGAAACGCGAGCUAGACACCAAGAGAAGCUGUCUGCUAACCGCAGGAACUGAGGUUUGGUCGGGGUCUCGUGGAGGUGCCCUUGGAUAGGAAGAGCGCUCCGGCGCAUCCUGCCUUCCCGAUAGAAACCUGUCUCUGCCACGCAUUGUGUCUGAGGAAAAGGCAAAGUGUGCCGGUUGUGGCGAAGAACGGGGAGACCGUUAUUGAUAUUGUCGAUUGCCGGAGGGAAAGCCUCUUCCCCAUAAUGAGCAAGAGGUGAAGAGUCGCCCGAAAAUAAUACCUUGGGAAGACUCAUAAUCGUAAAAGACCGGAGAACUCGUCCCCAAAAAGGGGCGGUUCAUCGAAAACGGUUGUGGAUGUUUCGUAUAGAGACGCUUGUGGCCCAGUGUACGUCAGGAUGGGCGAAGACGCCUGUGUUUGCUGUCUGGCGUGAGUUGAAACCGGCUUUUUAUCAAAGCAACAAUCGCAGUGCAUAUUUGUUCCUUUCCGAUGACGACAAUCUCACAAGACGGCCGUUCUAUUCUAUUUCCGAAUCACAUGGCAAAAGCGCCAAGCCGCCCUCACGGCUCGGCUCGUGUUCAGAUGCGCCCGAUCCGGUAGUCGAAUCGUAACUAUUUUGAGUGCGAAGCCGUUCAUUUGCUCACUUGCGCAACUGUGCUUCCUCUCGGGAGAGAAACGAGGGCAAGUGCCCCGAAUCUGCGGGGGGUGUCAGUAUUUCAAGUGAUAGCAUGCAUUCCGCCGUUUUGCUGAAGGCAGUUCUUGUGUAUGUGAAGUGUAGCGACAGGCCAAUACCCCGGGCCCGUCUCGUCCAAGAUCAUGUUCUGUGCUCGUAUUGUCAUUGUGUUGCGCGUCGGUGUUGUGAAAGAGAGAGCAAAGCGUGGGCCACGAGGGUGCCAUUUGUGUUCUAAAGGAACAUCCUCUUUUUCUUUCAUGGUGCCAAAUAGGAAGCGAGACGCGCGGCAACUCGGGUUAUUGCAGUGCCUGUAUCAAUUGAAAAGCAGCUGCGGACAAGGCAGCUGCUGCAGGGCGCACAAAGAGUGCCCGGACAACCGUUGAUUGAAAAACAGUGAUUGCAGGCGUCCAUCUGUGUUCGUCGAGGAACUCGACGAUGUGGAAUUGAAAAGCGUUGCCGUUGUGCUUCGAUUUCUUCUUGCUGCCUCAGUCAAAACCAGGACAGCGGAAGACAGUGAGCGGGUGCGGUGUGGCCUUUUUGACUGCUCCGCGAAGGCAAUCGGGAGAAACCAAGAGAGUUGAAUUCGUAGGUUCCGUCUCUUCAUAUCUUAGAGGGAACUGAAAGACACCAGAAGGGGCUUGGCCGGACGGCUGUGUCCUUCGUCGUGCCCCAUUCAGCUCCUUCAGUUCUGGUAUAGAACACAGAUCCGUUUUGUGUGUCCUGUUCUGGUCGUGCCGGCCCUUCGUUGUAUGGCGAAGCCCACAUGCAUGCCUUCUUCACCGGAAGAAGGUCGGCAGAAGAGCACGAAGUUUUUUUAUCAAGUUUUUGCCGUCGCGGCGGGUUGAGGAGCUGUCCAGUAACGGGGGCGACGCGCUUUGCCUCCCGUGAGUCCUCAAGGCUGCGUUUUCGGCGUCCGCGGCUCGAGGCAAUGCCUCACCUGCAAGUGGCACCCUAGAGUUUUUGCCGACAACGCGACGGCGGAGAAAAACGGACUGGCCGGCGCCAGCUGUUUGUAUAUUUUGCGAGAACGGACUGAAGGGAAGAGAAGGGGAAAUGCAUUUACGGAAAUUUGGUCCCCGAGAACCAGAUAUAGUGGAAGGGUUGCCUGCGCAAAGCCUUCUCCCGUCCCUGGAAAUGCGGGAAAAUGCAACCCGGACCCCAAAGUAGUGCCGGAAACUGCGGCAAAGCACCCGAGUGAUAUGGCGAAAAUGAAAGGGAACUACCGACGGUAGCUCGAUGUCUGCCCAAAUCAGUUGUUUCAGUGCACUGUGUUACUGCGAGCUUUUCGCCAUCUGUAGAGAAUUUCGUUCCGAUAACUACCUGCAGGGAAAAUGCUGGAGAGGCACUGGGACAGUGGAGAGCAAAGGCACACUACAUACCGCUGAUCAGAGGGGAGGGACGCUGAAACAACACUACAGAGAAGGGGGAGGUGCAGUGGAGGCGAAGGACCCGACCACGGAGGAGUGUGAAAAUCUCGUCAUCGAACAAACGAGGUGAUGCAACAGGACCAAGAUACAUAAGAGACGUUGGAGACAGAAAAGUUGAGCAACAAACAUGCUAGGGACAAAGAACUGGAGGGGUGGGAGUGCGAGGUCAGGGGUCUAUCGGAGAAGAGAUGCAGACGAAAACAGAGACAGGUUGAUCGCUGUUGAGGGAACCGUGGCUGACCCAUGGAGAAAGCAGACGGAAAGACGGGCUCCGAGAGGGACACCUGUGUUUCCAAUGAGAACAUGUGUAUUUUUGAAGUCCCGUUUGAACAGAACUCAGCCUUCUCCUGAGCGAAAGCCAACAGUAGAUUUUCGCAAAGGUCUUACCCCCUGGUCUCCCGACAAAAGCGGGAUCAAGCCAGGCCUGCAAAUGCCACCUGCCAUGAAGCGUGGAGAGGUGGUAGGUGCUCGAUCUAUCUCGGCGCCCUGUGAUUUUAUAACUUUUUGUGUCACGGUUCGAAACCAGCGGAGGAACGAAGAUGUCGCGUCUGCUUCGCUUUUGCGCCUUCUCGUCAGGAAAGAGUCGUCUCGUGCUUGUUUCUGUGAGCGAGGAAAUCAACGUAUCUGCAUUCUGUG